ACACACACACUUCUCUCUGGAGACUGUGCCUGCUGAUUCCUUUUCCUUGGGUGUUUAUUCCUGGGCAAAAACUCCAAAUGUUGGUCCAAUUGAGGACAGCUUUUCAACAGGCUGGCAAGAUGUCCGAAUGCAACCUGUCCAAACUGGAAGCCAACAUUCUCGUCAUCGGAGCUGAGAAAGUGGGGAAAUCAGCUUUGACAGUCCGGUUUCUGACCCGAAGGUUUAUUGGAGAAUAUGGGAAUAUCGAAUCAAUUUACAGCCACAACAUGAUGAUGAGUGGCCGGGAGGUUCACGUCAAUAUCUGGGACUCCAUCUGCCCUCAGACUGCUGAGUUCCAAGGCUGCAUGAAUGAGAAACAGGUCCGCUGGGCCGAUGGCUUUAUUCUGGUCUACAGUAUCUGUGAUCGCACCAGCUUCCAUUUUGCCCGCCAACAGCUCCAGCAGAUCCAGCAGCUGAAGAGAAGAAGAGGGGCCAUGAAAGUCCCCAUUAUUCUGGUGGGGAACAAACGGGACUUGCAGCACCGGCGGGCAGUCUCCAGUGAGGAAGGACGACUCUUGGCUCUUUCCACAGACUCAAGCUUUUUUGAGAUCUCCACUGCAGAAACCUACCAUGGAGCCUUGGUGGUCUUCCACGAACUUCUGGACAUUGUGCAGGAUUCCCGGAGCUCUGCCAAAAAGGCGGUGAGCAUCAGAGGACUCGUACGGAGCAUGUCAGCUGUCUUUGGGCGAAGGAGAACUGAUUGA